UAUAUUAAACAGUAUGUUAUAAGUUUCCGUCGUGCACUGCAGCUGCAAUCAUGUCGACAUGUUCUUUGAUCUGCGUAUUGUGCUUGUAUGCCAUGGUCCCACAGUUGAGUGGACAGGCUGGAAAUACGAACCUGAUGAAAACCACGAACGCCGUGUCCCGGCUGCCUGGUACCACAGUUCCAGAGUAUUACGACUUGCGAUUCGAGUUACAGAACUUCAACGGUACAGAUAACUUGACGUUCCGUGGCGUGGUGAAUAUACACAUCACUGUCGUUUCGGCCACCGAUGUCGUGACCAUGAAUCUCAGGGACUUGAACGUGUCCGCCGUGACGGUGACGGAUAUAACGACCGUCUCGAGGCCUUUGGACAUAAGACAGUGGGUGUAUCUGAAGAAUGACGAACUGUUCGAAAUCCAUCUUUUUAGGUACGUCCCGACGGGGAAGUAUCUGCGGGUAUCGAUCACGUACGUUGGAAAUAUAAGAACUGACAUGACUGGUUUGUACUUGGAUUCUUAUGAGGAUCGAGGUACGACCAAGUGGUUCGCUGUGACGCAAUUCGAGCCGACUUAUGCCAGAAGAGCGUUCCCGUGUUAUGACGAACCCGAGUAUAAAGCGAAAUUCAACAUAUCGGUGGUCAAACAAAACAAUCAGACGAUAGCGCUAUCCAACAUGCCGAUUCAAUAUACCCAAUCAGGUUUGAACCAAUCAGAAACGGUUUACUUCGCUCAAACUCCUCGGAUGUCGAGUUACUUGGCUGCUAUAUACGUGGGUGAAUUCGUACCUAGUAAGAAAGAUUCGUCAACGAUAACGGUGUACACACACCGAGAAUUAUCCAAUCAAACCCAAUAUGUCAUGAACUAAGCACCGAAACAUUUAAGCGUGCUGGAGGAGUACACGGGCUUGCCAUAUACGCUGCCCAAAAUGGACUUGUUGGCCAUACCAGAUUUGAGUUUUGGGGCAAUGGAAAAUUGGGGAAUCAAUAGUUAUCAGGAAAGCUAUUUGCUGCUGUCGGAUGAUUCGAAAUCGAGAAUGAAAAUGCGUGCUUCCAUAAUUGUACAACACGAGUUCACUCACCAAUGGUUUGGAAACCUGGUCACCUGUAAGUGGUGGGACUAUUUAUGGUUGAACGAGGGUUUUGCGCAGUACUUUCAGUACUUUGCUACUGGAAUGGUGAGAACCAACUGGCCGAUGGAAGAACUAUUUUUAGUCGAAGCGUUUCAGGGUGCAUUGGUGUAUGACCAGAAGCCCAGACAUCCGAUAACUGCGUCCGUAAGCACGCCUCAAGAGAUCCAAAACGUAUUUGAUCCCAUAUCGUACAAAAAGGCAGCAUCGGUUUUGAGAAUGUUGAAUUCGUUAGUGACUAAAUAUCUGUUCAAAAUGUCCCUUCAAAAGUAUUUGCGAACUAUGAGUCAAAGUGCAGCAGAGCCUUCAGACCUAUUUUCAGCAUUUGAUUCUGUGUUAUACGAAUAUAAUUAUGAAAUUGGGAAUACAUUGUCGGUAAACGAAUUUAUGUCCAAUUGGACGUUACAAUCGGGAUAUCCGGUACUGAACAUCAAGAGAAAUACAACUACAAACACAUUUUUAGUGAUUCAAAGCCAGUUUUAUAUGAAUAAGACCGAUGGAAUCGUCAACAAAACGGCGGCUUGGCACAUUGGUCUUACGUUUACAACCGACGCGAGCAAAAAUUUCAGUGAUGUUAAACCAUCCGUUUGGACGAACAAAGAAUCGGCGUUGACUGUUAUAACGGCCCCACGGAAUAUAAAAUGGUACAUGUUCAAUAUACAAUCCGUCGGUUUCUACAGGGUGAACUAUGAAAAUGACAACUGGAUGGAACUGAUUAAGCAGCUGAACGAUACACCCAACGAUAUCCACGUCCUUAACCGCGCCCAGCUAAUAGACGACGCGUUCAAUUUGGCGAGGUCUGGCCAAUUGAACUAUUCAGUGCCGUUGCACUUGUCCAAGUACCUGAAGAAUGAAAAUAACACUACGCCAUGGUAUUCGGCAAUGAAUGGCUUCGAGUAUUUGUUAGAGCGGAUGUCCCCCAGUGGCAAAGGAUACGCAAACUUCAAGUCUCAUGUCAGCAACUUGGCGGGAACCAUAUAUACUAAGCUAGAAUCCCUCGUGUCGAACGGCAACACUGAGUACAAGGUGAUGAGUGCUUGGGAAACGUUUUCGACGUGGGCUUGUAGGUUGGAGAACAAAUACUGUAUAAUGAAAGCACAGGAAUACUUUGAUAAGUGGCAAGUCGGAGAGAAAAUACCAGCCGAUAUCAAGAACGCGGCGUUCUGCGUCGGAGUAAAAAACAGCAAUGGUUCAUCGGUCUUUAAAAAAAUGUUUGAAUUGUACAAGAAAUCAAAAUCGAUUUCAGAAAAAAUGUCAUUUGAGUUGGCUCUUGGAUGUUCUACUAACAGGACAGAAUUAACUGAGUACAUUAACCAUAUAUUAGAUGGUAUGAUUGAGAAAAGAUACUUUAGAUCUGUUGUAUCUGCAAUAUCAGCGACACCGUUAGGUCUCAAUGUGUUAUACGAAUUUCUGUCAACUAAUUUGAACAGAACUCUGAAUGAGGUACCUGACGGCAAAAGUAUUGCAACUUAUAUUUACUCAACCCUGGCCACCAAGAUGACUAACGAUAACGAUACUGAGAAACUAAGAAAUUUGAAAAACGAUUCCAAUGUACCUGUUUCUGUGAGAUCGUCGUUCGAAGAAUCUUAUGAAAAAGUCAAUGAAAACCUGGCGUGGUUCAAUAAAUAUGCAGAUGUAAUCAGCCAAUGGGCAUUAGAAAAUCAAGAACUUGAUCCACAAACUACAGUGACGGAGUCCACAUCAACUACAGUCAUGUCUACUGAAAUACCGACGAAGGUUAAUCAAACGUCCACUGUAACCUCAAUAGGUACCACAGAACAGUCUACCGCUUCUCCCUUACCAGUCACUAAAUAUGUAACAACAACUACAUUUAGACCAUCCAGUGCAACAGCACCACCUGUUCAUAGAAGUUGGAUAUUGUUACUUUUCUCAAUUUGUACAGCUUUAAAAGCAUAUUAUUAUAUUUUGUAAAAAAAUAAACUCGUAAAACCGAAUGCUUGAUGAGUGAUAACCGUCCUAGACAUGACUUAUUUGGUUUUAUUCUCCGCAUUUGUACAAAUUUAUCUUGACAAAAUGUAAUGAUAUAUGUACCUGCUUUUUUUUAUAAGUAUAUAUUAUAUUAUUUUUGGUAGGUUGGAAAUAUAUAUUUUAUAAAAGCAAUAGAAUUGGAUAUUGUGUUACUUUAGUGAUUUUAUAUUUGAAUAUUUAUACUUACUUUCAGAUACAUAAAUCAUUUAUUAGAAUA